GUUUAUCUCAAGGAGAUGGUGUGUUACCAGAUGGUCAAUAUAAUGCAUGUAUUGGUGAAUCAGUAUUGUUUGAAACAAAUCUGCAUCCAACAGAAAAACCAUUUGAGACUGUGGGAUGGAAUUUAAAUGAUGAAAAACCUGUAAUAACKUCAUGGACUAGCUCAAACCUAACUGGAGAAGGGUAUGAAGGCAGGAUCACUCUUAAUAGAUCUACUGGAUCUCUGGAGCUCAGAAAUCUGACACGUGGAGACAGCGGAAAGUACAGAGUUACCAUCAUAAUAAAUGGUGCUUCUUCAAAACAAGGGCGCACUAGACUCAAUGUAUUCGAGCCAGUCUCCAGUGUUUCAGUAACUCCACAAACUGCAGACCUGGUUGAGUUCAACAGUUCUGCUCGUCUGUCCUGCUCCUCCUCUGGAUCUUCUCUCUCCUUCCUCUGGAUGAACAGCAGCUCUGAGCUUACAGCCAGUGACAGAGUUCAGAUCACUGAUGGAGGAUCCACUCUGACUAUAAUCAAUGUGACCAGAUAUGAUCAGGGACCAUACAGCUGUCAUGUGUCCAAUCCUGUCAGUGCUGCCUCCAGUGAUCCAGCAAACCUCUCCAUUAGUUAUGGCCCACAAAAUAUCCAAUUAAAUGUGUCUCCAACAGAAGAACAUCACAAAGAAGGAUCAGACAUCASUCUGAGCUGCUCGGCUGAAUCUAAACCURCUGCUGAGUUUAAAUGGUUUCUGAAUGAAGACCUGCUGCCUGGUUCUGGACCAGAACUCAGACUGAUGAAUGUUCAGACAAGUCAGAGUGGAAACUACAMCUGUCAGGCCUUUAACAGCAAAACURUGAGAUAUCAAACAUCUCAGCGUUUAUCUGUGUCUGUUCUUAAACCAGUCUCCAAUUUAAGAAUCAAUCCACAAACUGCAGACCUGGUUGAGUUCAACAGUUCUGCUCAUCUAUGGUCCAGAAAAGGUUGA